CGGCCACGGAGAUUACCGAGCGGAUACGGAAACGUGUCCCAUGCGGAUGCGGAUUUGCUUAGUCCUGAGCAGGAAAGUUGGGGGUCGGGAGGAGGAGAAGAAGGGAAGGGCUCCCCCAAAAAGUCUGAGGGCAAGCCCGAGAAGCCUGCAGCAAGGGAAACCGCCGUGCAUUGAUGUCUCAGGAAGAAGAUGGCAGCUUUGGGCCGGACCCCCUCACCUCCUCUCCGGAGGGCCCCUCAGACGACUCGGAGCUCCUGGCUGCGGCGGAGGCCUUUGCCCGAGGCUUUGAUUGCGUCUCAAUUUCCUCUUUUCCGGGGGACAGGCUGAUCCAGGGCCAGGAGGACACGGCCUCCCUCAUUUCCACCGCUACCCUGGUACCCGAGUGCAUAUACAUCCCUCCGGCGGGCUACCAGCUACUGUCUGAGCAAGAGUUUGCCCAGCAGAAGGCCGCCCUGCAGAACACGGCGGAGCGGCUGGAGAAGGCGACGCAGGAGAAGGAGGCUCUGCAGGAUGCUCUGAGAUGCAGCUCGGAGGAUUGCGCCCACCAGGUGAAGCAGUUACUCGAUCAGAUAAAGAAUUCGGAAGAAAUUCUGCAAAGUCUGCAGAAAAACAUGGCUGACAGCCAGCAGAAGACCGCGCAGAAAAUGGCUGCUUUAACCGCCUCCUUCAGCCGCUUGUGUCAGGAGGUGAACUGUCUGAGCGAUGAGAACGAGAAGCUGAGGACGCUCAGUUUACAAGCGCCCCCCGCAGGACAGACCGCGCAGCUUUCAUCUCCGCAGAUGGCGGCGCAGCACAGACAGGAGCGAUUGUGCAUCGAGAUCGUGUCGCUGCAAGAGGAGCUGAAAGCAGAACAAGUGGCAAAGCAGGACCUGGAGGAGCAGCUGAGGCGGGCGAUGGACACUCACACCGAGGAGAGGGAGAUUAUGGAAGCCACCCUUUCCAGCCUGAGGACUGAGAUGGAGCGGAUACAGCAGGACAGGAAGCAGGCCGAGAUUCAGCUGCAGGAGUCGGAGGGUCAGGUCCAGAAGCUCUGGGAGUCCCUUGGGGACCAGGAGAAGAUCCUGCAGAAGGAAAAGGAGGAAAAGGUCUCUCUCCGGAUGUCGCUGAAUGAUGAGAGGAAUAAGAUCUCGAGGCUCCAGAGCGAACUGAAGACCAGCGAGGAGGUGCAGAGGGACUUUGUGCGCCUAUCACAGAGGCUGCAGGUCAGCUUGGAGAAAAUCCGACAAGCUACUUCCAUGGAGGACGUCCACGACAUACUGGAAGGGACACGUUUCACGGACGUCAGCCAGUUGGGCGACACCUGACGCCACGAGCUGUGAUGAUAUGGAUGCUGUAUACUGUGUAUAUAGAGCAAUGCAAUAAUCAGUAGUGAUUAACGGAAUAACCGCGUCUUCCCUCCGGAACUAGGCUGAUUCUAUAUUAUGGAUUGACCAAGCAAUAAGGUUGUGUCCUAACGUUUAAGGGUUGUGUGCGGACAAAGCCCCGCUCACCUGUGGAGGCCAAUGGAAGUAUUACCUUCAAAUGGCCAUUGGCCCUUGAGGGUCGAUGGGGGUUUCGGCUGCUGCAACGUUUAUAAUUACCCUACAAACUGAGACAGUGACAGAACUCGUUACCUUUUGUGACUACUAACGAUCACUAACCACUUUAUUAAAGGAUCUUUUAUAUCA